UCACUUCUGGGCUUUUGAUGAUUUCUUUGCUUUGCCUUUUUGAAAACACGUCUGAUCUCUUUUGACUUUAAAUACCUCAUCACAAGACAUUUACCUCUCUUUAGCCCGAUAUCCGGGUCAAAUACUCCCUCUCCAGACCAUCUCCGAGGCUUCUUAUUGACCAUUGUUGGCAACAAACACCUACAAAGUUGGACAAAUUGAGCCAGAGUAUUCUCAAUUUACUUCACAUCCUCUCUUCUUAAAUAAGCAGCAUCUCAUUCUCACCUCCGCCAUGGCAGCUCCAGUCCUCCCCAAUUCCGCCGGACCACAGACAUUCCGCGUCCUCGUCCUCCCAGGCGAUCAUGUCGGGCCCGAAGUCAUGAAGGAAGCCAUCCGAGUUCUGGACGUCGUGGAAGCCUCGUCGCAAGGUCGAGUCAAGUUUCAAUACAAUUGGCAGAUUUGCGGUGGUUGCAGUAUCGACAAGCACGGCACUCCCAUCACCGACGAAGUAUUAAGGAUUGCAAAGGAAGAGAGUGAUGCGGUACUCUUUGGUUCAGCAGGUGGUCCAGAAUGGGGCACGAAACCACCCAACCCUGAAGCGGGUCUCCUUCGUCUCCGACAACACCUCGACGCUUUCGCCAACAUCCGCCCUUGCACAUUCUACUCACGCAGCUUGGUCGACCAGUCUCCACUGAAACGGUCCAUCGCCGAGGGGACCAAUUUCAUCGUGCUCCGCGAGAACUGCAGCGGCGCCUACUUUGGACCAAAAGUCGAAGAACCGGACAUGGCCAGCGAUUCUUGGACCUACCGCCGGGACGAGAUCGAACGGUGUGCCCGUGUGGCCGCGGCUCUGGCGACGACCAUGGGUCGUGACGGCAAGGGCAACGGAGGACCCGCCGUGGUCUGGUCCAGCGACAAGGCCAACGUGCUCGCCUCGGGGCGACUGUGGCGCCGGGUCACGACCGACGUCUUUGCCAAGGAAUUCCCGCACGUCGACCUCAAGCACCAACUCGCCGACAGCCUGAGCAUGCUCAUGGUCAAGAACCCCCGCAUGUUCAACGGGGUCAUCCACACCGACAACACCUUCGGGGACAUGCUGUCGGACCAGGCCGGUGGGGUGGUCGGCACCUUGGGGGUCCUCCCCAGCGCGAGCCUCUGUGGGAUCCCCGACGGCCGGUCGCGGUGUCACGGCAUCUACGAGCCCGUCCACGGUUCCGCCCCGGACAUCGCGGGAAAGGGGAUCGUCAACCCGACCGCCCAGAUCCUCAGUGCCGCCAUGAUGCUGAGGUACUCUUUCGGCCUGCAGGCCGAGGCCACCGCCAUCGAGGCGGCCGUCGAAAAGAUCCUCGACUCCAGGGACAUCGGUGGACUCGAAAUCAGGACCGGUGACCUCGGUGGGAAGGCGACGACCACCGAAAUGGGUGACGCCGUCUGUCGAGUUCUCGCGGAGAUUCUAAAGGGUAACAGCACCGGAGUGGCAAAGGAGAACAACGACUCCGCCACUGAAAACCACAUGGUGUCUCCAGUUCACGAGACUCACCAAUCUCAAAACAAACCUUGGGAAAAGUUACUCAAAAAGGAACGUGUCCCUACCGGACCAAACGAGAGUAUUGCACUUUGAUCUUUUUUUUAAAGUCUGCACACACAAGAGAAAAUUCGGUAGUGAGUGCCUGGCACUCCAACAAUUCCGAGACACCAUUUAAACAGUAACAGAAGAUCCCUUGCCAUAUCCGUUCGAGUACGGCGAAUGCAGAAAAGAAAAUUGCAAACGAAGAAUGACCAAGUUCAUUCAUGGAGUAAUCAUGACUUUCUUAUCAUUUACCUGCCCAUUACAUACUCGUAAAAAGUUUUGCCCAAGGUGUUGGCGUGCUCUCGUCCCACGGAC